UGCUAGGCGUCACGCGCGCACCGCACAAUGGAUGCGAAAGCACUGGAGCGAGUCGGCCCACGACAACUACCCCUUGGUGCGGAAGUGCAUGCAGCGCGAUUUGUUCGAGCUGCUGUACUCUCGGUUCCUCCACUACUCGAACCCCAACGCCCCUCCGCGGCAACUACCGACCGGAGAGGACAACCCGAAGUACGACUCGAAGUGGCAUAUCAGGGACCUGGAGAAGAUCCUUAACCGCGCGUGCCCCUGGNAUGUUGACUUGGGUCAGUGGUUGUGCUACGACGAACAAGUGUUGAAGACAGUAAGCACGUUUUCGAAAGGACUCGCUCACUUCAACCCGGCGAAACCCAUCACACACGGGAUGAAGCAAUAUGCCGCGUCCGACAGGAACGGAUACUGCUUGAUCAACAGCAUCGACGGGAGCUUCACAGGUGAUCCCUCCCUUAGACCCUUGGAGGAUUGCCCCCUCGGCAAAACCACGCGACACGUGCUUCACGUCCUGCUGGAGGAGUGCGAGACGCUGCGCGGGAAGCUUGUCGGUUCCAGCGUCUUCAUCGCAAUGGACAACUACUUCACCUCGCCCACCCUGUUCACCUGCCUCGCGUCACACGACAUCUUCGCCGUGGGUACCUGGCGCAGCCCGCGGACGUGCGGCGCUCUCCCGUACAUGGAGAGCCUCGGGCGUACGACUCCCAACCCGGACGACAUGACCUUCUGCCGCUCGGUUGAGAUGGCGUUCGUGCAAUGGAGAGACUCGAAGGAGAUUCUCCUUUGCAGCACGGUCCACAUCGGGGAGACGGGGGAAGAAGGGGGCGGCAUCAACCACUUCAAGCCUGUACCUCUAGCACAACAGCCUACGGGGAAGGUUUUGGGUAGCGUCCAGUUAAAGUCACAGCUGUUGUGCAUGAACCCUGCAUGCCCAAAGCGAAAGCUCAAAGGGUGCACAUGCGAGGAGUUUUGCGCUUUCGAGGGUCAGACAGGAGUAUUGAUGUGCAAGACGUGCUUCCUCGACACGGACCGCCACGCGGCCGCCGCCGAAGCCCACUGGCAUGGGGUCUUUGAAUUGUCUACUCCGUGUACUGUACCCCCUGAGAUGAAGUUGGAUCCCCACUUCAUCCCAGACCCUUGCUGA